AUGUUCAUCAAAAUUGCAUUUGUUUGCUUUGUUUCUGCCUUGUUUCUCUUCUUCAUCAACACCUCUGCCACCCACAACACAUCAUCCUUACCAACUUGUCCUACUCAACACUGCACACAUGGAGCUAACAUCAGCUACCCUUUUUGGCUUUCCCCAGGUUCCCCUCCAGACCAACUUUGCGGUUACCACGAUCUUGGCCUUGUUUGUGAUCACGGUUACGCCACUUUUUCUCUACCCACAGGAUUAUACUAUUUCGUAAAAGAUAUAGACUAUGAGAACCAUAGGCUUCAGCUGGUGGAUUUUGACACUUUAAACAAAACUUGUCCAAGGGCACUUCACAGUGUUCCCUUGGGCAACCUACCACUUACUCACUCUCCCUUCAACUUAAACCUUAGCUUUUACUACAACUGCACUAACUACCCUUCUGGUGUUCCUUCUAUCGAGUGUCUCAGUUCUGGGACAAACGAGUCUUUCGUGUUUGUGACGGGGAACGAGACCAAAGGUUUUGACUGGUCCAGGAACUGUCAGGUGCAGGUUGUGGUGACAGUGAUGAAGGAUCAGAUUGCAACUGAUGGUGACUUGAUCAGCCAGUUUGCUGGUGCCAUGAACGAAGGGUUCGUGCUUGAAUGGCAAACUGCUUCGGAAUGCGUCCAGUGUGAGGCUAGUGAUGGAAUCUGUGGCUACAGUAACACUGGGAAGGAGGUGCUCUGCUUUUGCAAGGAUGGAAGUACAAAAAGCAGUACAUGUGAUGCAGGGGGAAGCAGUACCGGUUUGUCAAGAUUAAUUAUAGGUUUAAUUAUAGCUGGAGGAAUCGGUGCACUACUGACAUGCAUCGUACCUUACAUUUUUAGACGAAAAUUUUCACCAAUUUUGUCAGAAAUUCGGCAGGCCAAGAAGAUUGACCGAGACAUAGAGGCCUUCAUCGGAAAUAAUGGACCUCUUCCCAUAAAAAGAUACUCAUACUCAGAUUUAAAGAAAAUGACCAAUUCUUUUGAAUCCAAACUAGGACAAGGUGGUUAUGGUCAAGUAUAUAAAGGAAAUCUAUGCAGCAACUCUCCCGUGGCGGUGAAGCUACUGAAUGCUUCCAAUGGAAACGGGGAAGAAUUUGUCAACGAGGUUAUAAGCAUCAGUAGAACAUCUCAUGUAAAUAUUGUUAAUCUCCUUGGUUUCUGUCUUGAAGGCAAGAAGAAAGCUCUUAUUUACGAUUUUAUGCCUAAUGGAUCACUUGAAAAGUAUAUUCACAAGAAGAAUUUGGAAACUGAUCCACCCUUGAGUUGGGAAAGACUGCACCACAUUGCUGAAGGAAUAGCAAAAGGAUUGGAGUACUUGCAUAGAGGGUGCAACACUCGGAUAUUACAUUUUGACAUAAAACCAAGCAACAUUCUUUUGGACAAAAAUUUCUGUCCUAAAAUCUCUGAUUUUGGGAUGGCCAAGCUCUGCUCAAACACACAAAGUAUCAUAUCUAUGUAUGGUGCUAGAGGGACAGUUGGGUACAUAGCUCCAGAAGUGUGGAACAGAAACUUCGGAGGGGUGUCAUACAAGUCUGAUGUUUAUAGUUAUGGAAUGAUGAUUUUGGAAAUGGUUGGAGGAAGGCAAAAUAUGAGCAUUGAAGCAAGUCGUUCAAGUGAGAUAUAUUUUCCCCAUUGGAUAUACAAGCAUGUGAAGGUGGGAAGAAAUUUAACAUGGCAUGAAGGUAUGACCACAAAGGAAAAUGAAAUUUGUAAGAAAAUGAUUAUUGUGGGAUUGUGGUGCAUACAGACAAUCCCUUCUGACAGGCCCGCUAUGAGUAGGGUGGUUGAAAUGUUAGAAGGAAGCAUGGAUCAGUUGCAAAUUCCGCCAGAGCCAUUCAUAUUUACUCCUAUGAAAACUGAAGUGGAUAUUUGCACCACUAGUUGCAGCGAUUGA